AUGGAGCGCGGCUGCCGGGCCAACAGCCCCCCGAGUGCCAGUGGCGACCCCGCGCCCUCGGCCGCCGCCGCCCGCGACUCGAGCCCCGGGCGCACCGGGCCCGCGGUCGGAGCGCGUUCAGGGGGCGGGCGGCCGGCGGCGGCGAAUGCUGCGCGGGAGCGCAGCCGCGUGCAGACCUUGCGGCACGCCUUCCUGGAGCUGCAGCGUACGCUGCCGUCUGUGCCACCCGACACCAAGCUGUCCAAGCUGGACGUGCUGCUGCUCGCCACCACCUACAUCGCCCACCUGACCCGUAGCCUGCAGGAUGAGGCCGAGGCGCAAGCAGAUCCUGGUCUGGGCACCUUGCGCGGCGAUGGCUACCUGCACCCGGUCAAGAAAUGGCCUAUGCGAUCAAGAUUAUACAUCGGUGCUACUGGUCAGUUUCUGAAGCAUUCCGUCUCUGGAGAAGAAGCAAGUCAUAGCAACACUCCAGCAGAUUCACAGCCUUAG